AUCAUAAAGAGAACGGAGGCCACCCGACGAGACGUACAUACUCCGUACAUGUAGACCACCCGCUACAAGGCGUCUGGUUUACUCGCCCACCACCUCCGCAAGCACCCGACUUCUAUCCUCCCGACCCCUUCUCUUUCCAGGCGAGGCCUCAUAGCGGCCCGGGCAACCACAAGCGGUCCACCAUGAGCUUCACAGUUUCUAUCUCGGACUAUGUCUCGGUCAAGUCGGCCGUGGCCAUCUUGCCAGGCCUGCUCAUCGGCUAUGCUAUCAUAGCUGUCGUGGUGAGGACGGCACUGGAUGAGAUCAGGUUGGCUCGGAUGCCCGGUGCAAGAGCCGCCAGAGUGCCGUCGGUCAUGCCCCCCUUCGGGUUUGACUAUCUCUACGUGACCAUCCGGGCGACCAUGAAACACACGAACUUGGAGCUGUGGCGCAACAUGUUUGCCCAGCUUGGGUCUCACACAGCCGAGUGCCACAUUGUUGGCUCGCGCAUCAUCUUCACUGCCGACCCCGAGAACAUCAAGGCCUUGCUGGCCACCCAGUUUGGCGACUACGGCAAGGGGGUGCCCUUCCACGAGGAUUGGAAGGCCUUUCUCGGCGACAGCAUCUUCACCACCGACGGCCAGCUCUGGCAGUCCAGCCGCCAACUCAUCCGCCCCCAGUUCAUCAAGGACCGUGUCAGCGAUCUGCACGUCUUUGAGAGCCACAUGCAGACCCUGUUCCGCGCCAUUGCCAACGGAGGCGCCCUGGACGGCGAGAACCAGCCCGUCGAUGUCGAGGCCGGCAACGGGAAGCCCGUCGACAUCAGCGACCUGUUCUUCCGCUUCACGCUCGACUCAGCCACCGACUUCCUCCUGGGCCACGACGUCAAGUCGCUGAGCAACCCCCGUCAAGAGUUCGCCGACGCCUUCGCCGAGGUGCAGCGAGUUCAGAGCCUCAUCUCGCGCACUCAGAGCAUGAGCCUGCUCGUGCCGCGCAGCAGCUUCAACAAGGGCAUGAAAAUCAUCAACGACUUUAUCGAUCUCUUCAUCGAGCGCGCCCUGCGUCUCAGCCCGGACGAGCUGGCCAGCAAGUCCAAGAGCGACGCCGACUACACCUUCCUGCACGCCCUUGCCGCAUACACGCGCAACCGCCAGACCCUCCGCGACCAGCUGAUUGCCGUGCUGCUGGCGGGGCGCGACACCACCGCCUGCACCCUGUCGUGGACCGUCUACGAGCUGGCCCGCCACCCGGAGGUGCUCGCCAAGCUGCGCGCCGAGAUCCUAGCCGUCGUCGGCUCCACGAGGCCGCCGACCUACGACGACCUCAAGAGCAUGAAGUACCUGCAGAAUGUCAUGAACGAGACCCUGCGGCUGUACCCAGUUGUUCCCUUCAACGUCCGCCUCGCCCUAACAGACACCACCCUCCCCCGCGGCGGCGGCCGGGACGGCGCCCAGCCGGUCAAGCUCCUGAAGGACACGCCCGUCGCCUACUCGACCCUGGUGAUGCAGCGCCGGGAAGACUUGUACCCGCCGCCGAGCGCCACCUUCGCCCCCGUCAACGUUUUCUCGCCAGAACGCUGGGCCGCGUGGCAGCCCAAGCCCUGGCAGUACAUUCCCUUCAACGGUGGGCCGCGCAUCUGCAUCGGCCGGCAGUUCGCCCUGACCGAGAUGGCCUACGUCCUGACCCGGCUCUUCCAGCAGUACGAGCGGGUCGACAGUUACAUGGGCGAGAUCGAUGGUGGGAACCCAAAAUUGAGGGCCGAGAUCGUGCUGCAGCCCGGGGAUGGAGUCAAGGUUGGUUUUUGGCUGGCCAAAAAAACAUGAAGACCUGGGAUUGCGAAGGGAGCGAGCGAUAUUCCAAGGUCUCAUGAACAUCCUGUUGCUGCUUUCGGGUGAUGGUGCUUUACGGGAGGGCGCAAUUUGAUUUGGCAGAUCGUGACGUUUUAAGGCCUCCCGAACGAUCAUUUGUUGCUUGUCUAAUCUCUCUCAUUA